AUGAAGAUCGAAGCAGAAAACAAAACAAAACAAAGCAGUGAACAAAACUUGAAUGCACAGCCAACUCUCAACAGAAUGCCUGUUCAAGGCCCUACUUGUAACGCCUCAAAUAUGUUGGCAGGAUGGCAUACUUUUAAAACAUUGCCAUUUGCUGGGAAAAGUACGGUUUAUAUCGAUGAUCGGGCAACUGUGCUGCCGAGAAAGUUGGAGUGGUCAGGGUUUGUUUUGAAUUCUAGGUUGCUUUGGAAAGAUAGCAGAGAUAAGUCGAAAUGGAUUAAGGAUAUUGAUAUGUUGAAUGGUGAUAUUGAGAGUCCCUUGGGUUUGGUUAAUGACCCUUCGGUGGUGGAGCCACUUGGAAACUGCGAUCGUCAAGUUUUGCUCUGGUGGCUCCGGGUUGAAGCUUGUACUGAUAGCAAAUUUCCUCCCAUAUGGAUAAUUGACUCACCUCCGGAGAUCACGGUCUCAUCAAAACGCACUCCAUGGCCAGAUGCUCCCCCGGAACUCCCUGCUAAUGAAAAACCAGUAAUGGGCAUUCAAGAUCCAAUAGUGAAGCAUAGUACAAAGAGGACAUCUAGAUCAAAACAUCGAAGUAAAAGAAAGAAUGAACCAAAAACCGACACACAAGUUUCGACAAGGCAUUCUGAACAAAACUAA